AUGAAAAUCGUAAUUAGAUAUUAUAAUGACUGGGGAAUUUUGAAUGUUGAGUAAUUAAAAAUCUCAUCGAAGUAUAAAAUAUCUGAAUUGUAUGAUUAAGUAUCAAAUUUGACAGGAAUUGAUUAAAAUCAACUUAAAUUGAUUUUGAUAUAAACAAAUGAGAAAGUAACAUUUUAGAUUAAGAAGAUUGUUCUUGAUGAAUUAAACCUUUACAUAUGUGAUUAUUAGAUUUAAUAAGGCUCUGCCAUAUUUGCAUAAAAAACAACUGAUCCCUUUUCUGAUAUGGCAUCUUCAUUUUCAUCAUAAUUUGAUCCCUCACAAUUUCUUGAUACUUCAGCUAAUUCUAUUCCUGAAUAAGAGACUAUAUUUUAAUUAAUUAGAUUGUCUCUUUUAAGUGAUCUAGAACUCUUUCUAGAAGAUAGAAAUGAUAGAGCAUAAUUGAUAAAUGGAAUUGAAUUGACAGGAUGGAAUGCACUUCAUUUAGUUACAUUUCUAGGAGAUGAGAAGAUGUAUUUAUGGUUAAUAAGUUCUGGAGGUGAUAUUUCUAUUCUCUCUAAAGAUGGAUGGAAUUGUUUAUAAAUAGCAAUUUGGUAAUCAAAUAUUAAAAGUAAAUUAUUCAAAUUUUAACUAGCUUAGUGACAAACUUGAUAAUGGGUUCUAAUUCAAUCAAUGUUAAUUAGAUUACUAUAAAAGGAACAGCUUUACAUAUAGCUGCUUAAAUAGAUGAUUAAGAAUUAAUAGAGUUAUUAUUGAAACAUCCAAAAAUAGAUAUCUCAAUAACAUUUUAAGGGAAAUCUGUUGUAGAUGUUGCAGGUGAUAGAACUAAGAAAAUACUUUAAAAAGAACUCUUAAUUUUAAGAAAUAAAUAAUUUGAUAUCAUAAAUUCUUUUAGAUAAUCUAUUUGUACAUUCUAUUCAUUAAAUUCAUUCUUUACUAAUAGACCACAAAAACCCCCUAUUAUUAAAGGAAGUGCUAAAAUAGUUUCAUAUUUUAAAUUGCUUUUGAUUGAUAACUAUUUAAUUUGUGAUCCAGAUUCUGGAGCCAUUGCUAGAUAUAAGACUUCUAUUUAAUAUCCUUUUAAUCCAAAGUAUAUUAUUUAUAUUUUUUGA